AUUAAGUUUGAACAAAGACUGGUUCCAUAUAGUGGAUUUAAUGAAAUUGGAUUGGAGAAUAUUCACAUUAUAUUAGUGUUUCACUUUCAACAUAAGUAUCAUGAUGAGGAGCUUCAUCAUCAUCACAGUGCUGUCAGCACUCGCAGCCUGCAGUGUUGCUGACCUCCCGAGCGAGGAGGAGAUGUAUACCAUAGUAUACGAUGAAAAGUACCCCAAUGGAACGAUUGUGUCUGACGCAGAGUUUGAUUCCAGAUUUAAAAGUGUAAUACCGUUAGCUGAAUGGCGAUGUCGAUCACCGGCGAUCUCUCGACGGCAGCAGACGGUUACUGUGGCAUAUCACGGUGAUCCCCGUGAUAUAAUAACCAGAACAACUUUUAGUCAAUCUGGAAAUCCGAGAAUUUCCCAAACUCCAUUGAUGAGAAAUAGCAUUUUAAUAACAAUUACGUCCCGAUCUGGUGUAGGCAUUGACUCACUAGUUCAGAUAUUUACUUGAACUUAAUUCCUCACGUUUAGGCAUCGAUCACACCAUAACAUAACAUAACAUCACGCCUUUUAUGCCCGAAGGGGUAGGCAGAGGUGCACAUUAUGGCACUUAA